AUGCGGAGCGCGGUGCGCAGAGGGCACCAGGAUGCGUGCCCGCUGGCAUUUGGCAUUGGGCCAGCGUGGACAGACGCAGCCGAGAAGCUUCUCUUGGGAACGCACGGCCUGCGCAAGUACCACGAGCAGGAACCGACACUGGUGUUGGCAAUGUGGGGCUCAUUGGAGUACGACGGCUGCGAGCUGGAAGUGAUGUACAACAGGCGAAAGCUGCUCUCGAGAUUGUGGGCCCUCUGUUCGCUGGAGGCAUUGUCGCCCCAGGGAGCGCGCUCAUGGCAGCAGCUGGAGACAAUCGUGAACAGCAGCCGCAGCUUGCAGCACCACCGCGAGGAGAACAGCGAGGAUAUCGUCGGGAGCGAGACCAGGGUGGAGACGUGGCGGACCCACCAGUGGACGGAGAUCGAGACCGGGACCGUGAACGCAGUCCCCGCUUGCGAGUACGUGGGCCACGCGAGCAGGCUGCAGCUUCUGGGGGCAACGCAGGCCAGCGAGGAGACGCUCGAGCGGGAGCGCAAGUUCGACGCCCUGGCCGCCAUGAAGCCCGUAGCCCGCAGGACCGACUUCGCCCCCACCAUGAGCCGCUCCCUGACGCGCUCCAAGGCCAGCUCAGGCGUGCGGCCGUUGCCGGGCGCCUUCGAGCUCACCCGGGAGUGCACCGACUGGGACGCAAAGGAGAAGCCGUCGCGCACACGAAAGGGCAUGGGCACAACGGCCUUCGGCCUCCAGCCUGGCAGGUCCCCGCCAGCAGGCGGGCAGGCGUCGCCCCUGCGGCGGCCCCGCCGGGACGUCGCGCCGGUGUUCGCCCGCACGGCGCCGGCAGGUUUUACGACGCGAGCAAGUGUCGGGUCAGCGAAGGCCGCUCCGUAG